AUGACAAAGAAGCAGUAUCACCAAGGCAAAGCUGCGAAGCGCCAGAAACUUGCAUCGAAGCCCGUCAAUGACGGAUCAAAUGAAGUGGUGCUCUUAGCGGACAUAAAAUCUCUGCUGUCACAACAUAGAGCACUGGAGCAAGCUGAGCAAACUGACGAAAGCACUGGUGACGGAAAACCCACAGAAACCCUUUCAUACUCUCCGCCAGAGCGUUUCACGGUCGUCGAGGUGAAGAUUUCUGAAUUAUCUUCUACUGGUGACGGCCUGGGUCUUUCAUCCACGUCUGACCAUGUCUACGUCGUACCAUUUACAGUGCCUGGGGAUCUCGUACAAGCGAAAGUCAUCAAUCAAUUUCCUCAGGCGCAUUAUACACUGACAGAUUUCGUCAAAGUCAUUAUACCUGCGCCUCAGCGCGAUGAUAGUCUUGCUGAGUGCCCGUAUUUUGCCAAAUGUGCGGGCUGUCAGAUUCAGAUGCUGCCAUACAAUCUGCAAUUACAGCACAAGAAAACAGUUGUUGAGAAGGCAUACCGCAGCUUCUCCGGCUUGACGCCAAAUGUCAUCCCUACUGUUGACGAGACAAUCGGAUCGCCUCUGCAGUAUGGUUAUCGCACGAAGUUGACGCCGCAUUUCGAUGGACCGCCAGGGAGCAUGACGAGGAAAGCCAAGCGGAGCGAUCCAUCAGAGCGAAAAAGGUUUGGGGAAGUCCCACCAAUAGGCUUCCAGCUGAAGGGUACCCGCAAGACAAUUGAUAUAGAGGACUGUCCAAUUGGCACGGAUGCAGUCAGAGAAGGCAUGAGGACUGAGCGGAAGCGAAUUAGUGAAGAGAUCGCGAAUUACACGAAGGGAGCAACCAUUCUACUCCGAGAGAGCACCUGGAGGAAGCCAAAACCACAACCAGAGCAAGAAGAAUCAGACUUAGAUCUUGGCCAGGCUGACAACAUGGGUGCUUCAUUGGAGACGGAACCUCCGUCAAAGACUGCGAACGAAGCCAACGUAAACGGUAGCCAUCAUGAACCUUCAACAUUUACGGAAAAGAAGACCUGCAUAACAGACCAAAGAGCUAUCUCGACAGAGUACAUUGACGACUUCGAAUUCCGCAAUACAGCUGGUGCUUUCUUUCAAAAUAAUAAUUCAAUUCUCCCGAAAUUUACCGAGUACAUCCGGCAGCGCAUAAUUCCAGGAUCAUCGAAAGAGAAUGAGAAACCCAUCAAGUAUUUGAUCGAUGCUUACUGCGGCUCUGGGCUCUUCACCGUUACUCUUUCAUCACUGUUUUCUUCAUCGAUGGGUAUCGACAUUGCUGGAGCCUCAAUUGUCUCCGCCAGAGAAAAUGCCGCCGCCAACAAAGUGUCUAACGCAUCAUUCAUGACCGCAGAUGCAUCAAAGCUCUUUGAGCAAGUGACAUACCCACCUGAAAAGACCGUUGUGAUAAUUGAUCCGCCGAGGAAAGGCUGUGACGACCCUUUCCUACAACAGCUGCUCAAAUUUGGCCCUCGCAGAAUCGUCUAUGUCAGCUGCAAUGUACAUACACAAGCCAGGGAUGUUGGAGCUCUGGUCGAAGGUGUGGGAGACUGCAGGUACGAGAUUGAGAGUCUUCAGGGAUUCGACUUCUUCCCACAGACCGGUCAUGUUGAAGGUGUUGCUAUCCUUGCUCGGACUACCGCUCACAACCCAAUGUGA